AGCUCCUUUUCAAUGGCAAAUCCCAGGCUUCGCGCUUUGUCUCGGUGUAGAAAAUGGGCGAAGAAGGAUUGGGCCAUAACAGCAGUCGGAUUCACAUUCAUCUUAUUCGCUCUUACUCUCCUCUUUGAUUCUCGAAACUCCGACACUCCCUCUCCUACCAUCGAUCACCACUCCACUCAGGGUCUCGUUCCAUUGACUUUGCUCAAUAGAGCCAAAGCCACAGGCGCAUUUUGCUUAGAUGGAAGUUUACCAGGAUACCAUUUUCAGAAGGGCUCUGAAUCUGGCUCUAACAAUUGGCUUCUCCACAUUGAUGGUGGAGGUUGGUGCAAUUCUAUAAAAACAUGCAAUGUAAGAAAAGGAAAAGCUUUAGGUUCAUCAGAGUACAUGGACCGCCUGGUUCCAUUUGCCGGGAUUUUAAGCCGUCAUCCUUCACAAAAUCCUGAUUUUUAUAAUUGGAACAUAGUUAAGAUACGUUAUUGCGAUGGUGCAUCUUUUGCUGGCCAUCCUGAAAGUGAGUUCAAGAAUGGAACAAAGCUUUUCUUCAGAGGCCAACUCAUCUGGGAAGCAAUUAUGAGUGAACUCUUGUCACUUGGCUUGUCUAACGCAAGACAGGCUCUUCUUUCAGGAUGCUCUGCUGGAGGUUUAGCAACCCUUAUACAUUGUGAUGAGUUUCGAGAUCAUCUACCAACGGAUGCUACUGUCAAGUGUCUUACUGAUCCAGGCUUUUUCCUUGAUGAGCCAGAUAUUCUUGGAAAUCGCACCAUAAGUGAUUUCUACCAUGAUGUUGUCCAACUACAGAGUGUAACAAAAAGUUUGAACAAGAAAUGUACCAGAACAAUGGAGCCGUCCAAGUGUAUCUUCCCUCAUCAAAUUAUCAAAAACGUUCGAACCCCAUUGUUCAUUGUCAACCCCGCUUAUGAUUUUUGGCAGAUACAACAUGUCUUAGUCCCUGUCGGAUCGGAUCCUCGUGGCUAUUGGAAAAGAUGCAGAUUGAACAUUAAGGAAUGUGAUUCUAGCCAGAUCAAAAUACUACAAGGUUUCCGUAGUUCCCUACACAAGGCACUAAGUAAGCUUGAGAAAGACAAGGAAGGGGGUAUGUUUAUAAAUUCUUGCUUUGUUCAUUGCCAGACAUGGAUGGCUGAGACAUGGCAUUCACCCAAUUCUCCAAGAAUCAACAAUAAGACCAUUGCAGAGUCUGUGAGUGAUUGGUACUUCAACCGUAAACCACCGAAGAAGAUCGACUGCCCUUACCCCUGCAAUCCCACUUGCCAUAACAUGAUCACGCCAGGUUAAUGAAACAUACUGAUUAACCUCUCCAACUUCAAAAUCACUGCUGGAUAUUAUGGUAAGA